CUACGCCCGACACUGACAAAACCCAAAUUUUUUGAGCGAAACAGGAAGGGACAGAAUCUGCAUUAACGUUUUACAAACAAUAUAGCAUGACAUCUCAACACCUCAUUCCACCGCUGAAUUUUGGAAUGAUUGAAGAGGAUUUGUAUCGGUCAGGACAACCCAAUGAGCUCAACUUCCCAUUUCUGGAGAAACUCGGUUUAAGAACCGUUGUCUGGUUAGCUCCAGAAGAACCGAAUCAACGUUUUCUCGAUUUCAUUGAUGAUCAGGACAUUCAUUUAUAUCAUUUGGGGGUCGUCUCAUCUAUGAAUGCAUGGGAUCCUAUCACAGAAGAAGUUGUCCUUGAAGCUUCAGAAUUGAUCUUGACACCCAAAAAUUAUCCAAUGAUCAUUAUGUGUAAUCUGGGGCGGCAUCGUACAGGCACCAUCGUAGGUUGUUUGCGGAAACUACAGCGCUGGAACUUGACAUCAAUUUUUGAGGAGUAUCGACGGUAUGCUGGCCCAAAAGUCAGGGUGCUGAACGAACAAUUCAUUGAGCUGUUUGACACGGAUCUAGUACGCGUACCAAUUGACCAUCCAAAGUGGCUCUGAACAAAGAAAAAGUUAAAAAUAAAUAUAUAAAUAAAAGACUGGAU